AUGGAUUCUCCGGUUAACGAUGACGAAGAUGUAUACGGAUAUUUAUAUUCGAAUCCCGAAGACGGGGAAGAAAUAGAAGAAGAAGAAGAAAAGUUUUCUUAUUUUAAAUUGUUGGAUAAACCUCGAAUUUUACCGGAACCGGUGGAUUUAACUCACGAACAUUUAAAGGAAAUCGGAUACGAAUUGGGUUUGAUAAAAAUGUGUUGGCCGGAAGUGCUGGAACCGUUUUUUGAAGACAGGACGAAUUUUCCCAUGAGAUAUUUGAAAAAUAACGAAAAGGAAAAGGUGUUGCUUUUAUAUACGGAAAACUUCAGGAAACAAUUCGUACAAAAAUUUCCCGAUAGGAAGCCGUUACUUUUAGCUGCAGAAAACGAAUGUGGUAUAGUCAAAAUGGUGUGCACGACCAUUCGUCCGACAAACGUGCCCUAUCCGGAACUGGAAACUUGGCAAGGAUGCGCCAGCUUCUUAGCGGACCAUAUUAAAUUCGAACCCAUGGAAGAUAUACCGACUUUAUUGCCCAUCCGACUCUAUUCCCCACACACGACUUUGCUAAGACAAAGUGGACAAACUUUCGAACUAGCCACCACACUUUGUUCGAUCCUCAUAGGAGUAGGAUAUGACGCUUUUGUUGUAUCGGGCUACGCAAUUAAAGACGUAACUUUGAGAAUAAUGAUCAGAACCGAUUGUCCGAUACCGCCUUUCAAAGAAGAAGAAGAAAAACCGCCGGAAACGCCAAUCGAAGAAAAAUACAAAUUGAAACCUCCCAAAGAUUUGAGAAGCAAAUUUCUAUUGAUGAUGGAACAGAGAGAACUGGAUAAAGUACGCGAAAAGGAAGCCAAAAUAGCAGAGGAAGCUCGGAAGAGAUUGGAGGAAGAAGCUCGUCCAGAGGACGAACUAGAAGGUCAACGGAUCCACGCUUGGGUAUUAAUUUUACCUUCGGAAAAAGACGUACAAGAACCGUUUUACAUCGAACCCAGCACGGGAUUCUCCCAUCCCCUAGAUACCGAUAUAUAUUUGGGGAUUGAAAGUAUUUGGAACCAUCAGAAUUAUUACGUGAAUUUACAAGAUUGCUCUAAAGGUAUGGCGGAUCUGGAAUUCGAUUUGCAAAAUAACGAAAAAUGGAUACACUUCUUGGUGGCCGAACCAAUGAAGUAUAGAAAACAGAAACCCAAAGAUUUGGGAGACGAUGACGACGUGAGGGACAUGUACGAAGAGAAACAUUUAGAUAUGCCGACGUCUUGGUCCAUGAAGAUAAACAUACCGCACGAAUCGUUGAAAAAACGCUUCCCGGAAGGUUAUCGUAUUACCAACUAUAAAAGAGUGCUGAUAGAAGAAUACGCCCCUUUCAUCUCGUACGAUGGUUUGGUAACUCGCAUAACGAGAUUUCAAGAUUUCGAUUGCACGAUUCCGGAAGUUAUAGAAGAGGAAUUCGAAAAUCGACACGAUAAAUUUUACAGAAGCAUCCAAAUGUGCGAUACUAACCUUGUUACAGAUUAUUUUCGAAAAGGAAGAGAAGACGCCGUCAUCAAACACGUUUAUAUUAGAAAUAACGACGAAGUCAACGCCGCCAGAACCAUAUUUUUCAAUCACGAAGGACGUUACGACGCUUUACAUAAAAUCGAAGUCGAACCCAACAAAAUAACGGAACACUAUAAAGACAGAGACGACAGGCUCUACUACAGACAAGUGACAUAUGACACCGGAGAGGAUCCAGUUGCCAAAUCAGGUCCGUCCUAUAGACGGCCAAUUUUGAAAGUUAUCCAAAAAUACGAAAGAGACGAAAGCAAACCGUCUCACGAAGAUAUAGCGUCUAGAGAAUUCGCUAUAGUUGGUAGAGAAAUCAGGAUAAAAUUCCAUUACGGUAAAAAUAAUGUAACGGCAUCUACGAGGGUUUUUAUGAAACCUCCGCUGUCUGAUAUUGGCGAAGAAAUGGUUUUCGAUCCGGAUAUGACGUACGGUUACCAAGCGGAAAUCGGUGUGAAACGUCCCAGACAAUUGACGCUUUAUUUGAUGUUCGAAGAACAAUUAAAAGAAGAAGAAAAAGUCAUAAACAAUAUAAGAGAGGUGGAGGCUCAAAUAUCCGAAUUUUUACUUAUAAGGGCUAGGGAAAUGGCGUUUUCUAAACUAGACGUGCCCUUAUUCAACAUAGAACAGAACGCCGAAUAUAGACAAGCCAUGCUCGAUAAAGAAGAACAAGCGCGGGUUUAUAAAGAGAAAGAAAUUGAGGAAGACGUCGAUUAUUUCGCUCCCUAUUUAGCUAAAUUAGGUGGACCUCCUCGUUUGACUUUCUCGCAAGCCAAAGAAGCAAGAGAUUGCUGUCUGCGGGAGUUCAAAGAAUUGUUGGUUAAUCGAGCGAAUGUGAUGCAAAAGCAAUUCGAGAAAAUGAGCGAUAAAUUGCAAGCGAAAAAAUUGUAUUAUACGGCUACCCACGACGUUUUGACGCCGCAAGAAGAAGCCGAUUAUUUCGCGGAAGUCAACAAUAUAAUGUUGGUAAUGAAGGCGUUGCAAAUAAGAUUGAAUCGGCAUAAAGAAUUAGCUUCUGUGCGAUACCAAGUGAUGGCCAAUUAUCUGUUCCAUCACCCGAUGUUGAAAGUAUUGUAUAGGAGAAGGAAAAAAUGA